AUGGCAGGUUUUGCGGGGACCGCAUUAGAUCUCGCUAACCAACUUGCUAUGAAGGACCAGGCAAAGAAUUGGGACAAGGAACUCAUAGACAUCACGUACACUAUAUCUGCCUCAAUUGCAGGUAUUGCCUAUGGGCCAUUGUUGAUUAACCCCGUAGCGCAGGCUUUUGGUCGCACUGCCAUCAUUUUCUGGUGCCUUGUGUUCGCGAUGGCCUGUGCGAUUUGGUCAGCUUGCAUGACAAGCAGAGGCGACUAUGAGCGUUUCGUUGCAUCGCGUCUGUUUGACGGCAUUUUUGGAUCCAUUCCAUCCAUCGUUGGCGUGGGAGCGGUGUAUGACAUGUUCUUCCUGCACGAGCGCGGCAAGGCAUAUGCUAUCUUUCAUGUCUCCUUUCUGUUCGGCACUGUUGCUGGCCCGACCUUUGGGGGAUUCAUCGUCCAACAUACCGACUGGCCCUGGGUGUUUUGGUGGAUCGUUAUUGCACAGGGAGCGGUUCUUAUCCUUGCAUUACUUUUCCUGGAAGAGACCAGCUGCCCUCGUGACGGGAAGACAAUAUCCGCUGUCAAGCCUAGGAACUUCUGGGCUAAGCGAAUGGCGACCCUGCUUCCUCAUAAGACGGGAAUUUCCCGCGCAGAACUGGGUCGCAUCGCUCGCCUACCUUUCCGCAUUGGUCUCUCGCCCGUCGGUCUUCUUAUAGGCAUCUUCCAACUAGCAUCAUUUGGCUGGUUCGUUGCAACGCACAGCCUCUUGACUGUGUGGCUGGAGAAACCUGUCUCCGUCGGCGGAUGGGGAUUCAGUCCUCAACGGAACGCCCUCUUCAUCUUCUCCCUCUGGGUUGGACUCCUGACAGCCGAACUAUGGGGCUACCUCUGCAAUGACCGCAUCGCUCUAUGGAUCUGCCGCACACGCGAAAAGGGUGUAUGGAAGCCUGAGUGUCGGCUACAUGCCCUCUGGAUUCCGUCCCUCAUCAUUCUUCCAAUCGGCCUUGGCAUCGUCGGCUCUGCUCUGCAAUACCAUCUACACUACAUGGUCCUUGCCUUAGGUGCCUACCUCAUUACCUUUGCUUCGAUGAGCUCUGUCCCCGUCGCUGUAACCUAUAUGAUCGAAUGCGUUGCUUCGCAGCCCACCGAGGUGGGUGCUUUCAUGGGCGCGUACCGUCUUACGCUGGGGUUGGUUGUGCCGUUCUUCAUCAAUCAGUGGGUUGCCCGGGUGGGCUUCGGUUGGGUAUAUGGAAUGAUGGCCUUCUUUUCCAUUUUUGCAUUUGGGUUCGUGGUUGUGUUGAUGUUGUUUGGGGCUAGCUUGAGGGAGCGGACCUUGGCCAAGUUUGCUCCUAGUGAGAUUGGAGCCAAGGUUAUAUAUACCAGUGAUGAGGAGGGACCAUAG